CAGCCAGUGUUUGUACGUGAGAGAGUGGAGCCACUCCGUUUCCUCCAAGCAGAGAGCGAAAGACAGGGAGGGAAGAGAGGCAGGAGGACCGGAGCGCCGACAUCGACGGUAUGAAGCGAGUGUAGCAUCUUAAGCCCCCGCGCCAGAAAUUCAGAUUGUUUAGUUACAAUUCUUUUUUUGCGUUUAAAAUUCAGUUUGGCGCUGCAUCGGAGACUAUGGAACUGACUGUAUCCAGAGUGCUGAUUUCCAUUGCGCAGCUCCUGGUUUUCUGCCAGAUAGUGGCCUUGACAGAGGCGUACUUCAAGGCCCAGAGAAAAUUCACAGACGACAUCGACUGGUCCUACACAGGCCAGUUGAACCAGAAGAUCUGGGGUAAGAGGUACCCGGCGUGUAACAAUGCCCGUCAGUCACCCAUCGACAUCGACGAGACGUUCACCCAGGUCCGGGUGGAGUACCAGGGCCUGCAGCUGGAGGGCUGGGAGAAGAAGACCCCAGAGACCACCACCAUCAACAACGACGGCAACACGGUGGUGCUAGGCCUGGACGGGGAGUACUAUGUGAGUGGCGGUGGUCUGAGCACCAGGUUCAGGUUGGGGAGGAUGACGUUCCACUGGGGCCGCUGCAACGCCUCCUCAGACGGAUCAGAACACAGCCUCAACGGACUCAAGUUCCCCCUGGAGGUGCAGAUCUUCUGUUAUGAGUCAGACCUGUACCAGUCUAUAGACGACGCGGUGAAGGAUGGAGGGAGGAUCGCAGCGCUGGCCGUCCUGUUUGAGACCAGCCUGGAUAACAAUGACAACUACAACACCAUCAUAGAAGGCGUCAACAGCGUCAGCAGGUUUGGUAAAACUGAGAAUGUCGAGCCCUUCUCUCUGCUGGCUCUGCUCCCGAACUCUACUGAUAAAUACUACAUAUACAACGGUUCCCUCACCUCCCCGCCCUGCUCUGAGACGGUGGAGUGGAUCGUCUUCAAACACACCGUGCCCAUCUCUGAGACACAGUUGGAGGUGUUCUGUGAGGUGAUGACCAUGCAGCAGGCAGGCUAUGUGAUGCUGAUGGACUACCUCCAGAACAACUUCAGGGAGCAGCAGCAGCAGUUCUUGGGCCAGGUCUUCUCCUCCUACACUGGAACAGAGGAGGUCCUCACUCCCAUGUGCAGCUCGGAACCUCAGAACAUGCAGGCGGAUGCCCAGAACGACACUACCAUCAUGGUGAUGUGGGAGCGCCCCCGUGUGGUGUAUGACACCACCAUCGACUGGUACUCUGUCACCUACCAGCGGCUGCAGGACCGGAACCAGCCCAAGCACGAGUACCGCACCGACGGAGACCAGGACGUGGGGGCCAUCAUCCCCGGCCUCCUGUCCAACAGCAGCUAUGUGGUCCAAGUGGUAGCGGUCUGCACCAAUGGCCUGAUGGGACGCUGGAGUGACCAGAUUAUAGUGGACAUGCCUCAGGAGGACCUGGAGAUUGAGUCUAAUCCAGACAAUACAGAACCUGAGGAUAUAUUGGAACCAGUAGAUAUAUUGGAACCAGUAGACCAGAACCCAGUAGAAGAGAGCAGAACCAGAGAGGAUCGCCAGCAGAUUUUCCCUGACCAGCCCUCCACCACUGCGGCCUCCCAGGUGAGCUCUGUGCCAGUACCACCCGGGACCAGAGAUGACCAGAACCGGAUCGACCAGAACCCUGUGAACCAGUCCAGGGUGGACAAGCCCAAGAAGGACCAGACUAGGAAGGACAAGAAGAAGCAGCGUAUCCCUCCGCACCGCCCCUUCACCAGCACCGCCUCCAACGGCAAGAGCACCACCAUGGUGUCUGACCAGCCAGGCUUCCUGAUUCCCGUCUCCCGGGCGACCAGCCCGCCGCCUGUCCACCGGCAAAUCACAGAGGAGGCCUCAUUGUCGCGGUCGCCUCAGCAGAGCCGGAACCCAAACCGUGGUUCCGCUGCCCAGAAACCUGACAUUUCCGGUAUCGGCCUGCUACCCCCAGAGAGCGAUAUGUACACCCCUCCGGCGGGGGGCAUGGUGGUCACUGAUGUUUACUACGAGGACGUUGUCAACACCACUGCCUUAGAGUUCGCAACUACGCCAUCUAAAACAACAUGGAACAAAACACUGGAUGAUAGAGUUCUCAGUCCGGUUACUGCCAGACCUAAAGUCACAGUGAAAGGAGAGAACAGGGGCUUGAUUUUGACCUCCGGACUGUCUCAUAACAGAGUUAGCACAGUGACAAGGGCCACCCCUAUUCAACAGACCCCGGUUUCUGUAACCUCAACCCCCUCUGUGCCCUGGGUCAGAUCCAGGACUUCAAGUCCCAGCAACUCCCUCUCCACGGCCUACGGCUCCUCCACUACCUCAGGCCUCGUCAAGGUCUUACAGCACACUACCCAGCCCAUCUUCACCGAGAUCAAUAACAGCAGCCAUGAGUCAAGGGUAGAAAUGGUGGGAAGUGUUGCUGAGAGGGAGAGGAGGACAGUGGUUCCUCUGGCUGUGGUAUCCACCCUCACCAUUAUCUGUCUGCUGGUCCUGGUGGGCAUCCUCAUCUACUGGAGAAACUGCUUCCAGACGGUUGACAUCUUCACUGAAGACACCGCCUCACCCAAAGUCAUCUCUGCUUUGUCUUCACCGCUGCUGCUCGCCACAGAAGAGCACGAGGCACUGUCAGUGAAGCAGUUUGUGAAGCACGUGGCAGAGCUCCACCAGACCAACACCUUCUCCACGGAUUUUGAGGAGGUGCAGUCGUGCACGGUGGAGAUGGGCAUCACCACUGACAGCUCCAACCACCCAGACAACAAGAACAAGAACCGAUACAUCAACAUCAUGGCCUAUGACCACAGCAGAGUCAAACUGCUGGAAGAGGGAAAAGGUGGAGACUACAUCAAUGCUAACUUUGUUGAUGGUUUUGAGCGUACAAGGGCCUACAUCGCAGCCCAGGGGCCCCUGAAGUCUGGAACAGAGGACUUCUGGAGGAUGGUGUGGCAGGAGAAUGUUGGAGUCAUCGUCAUGAUCACCAACCUGUUGGAGAAGGGACGGAGGAAGUGUGACCAGUACUGGCCAAUGGAGAACCAGGAGGUGUACGGUUAUUUCCUGGUGACCCUAAAAGACACCAAGACCCUGGCCUACUAUACCCGGAGGACCUUUACCGUCAGAGACACCUCACAAAAGGCUUCCCAGAGGGGAUGCUGUGCUGAGAGGACGGUGGUCCAGUACCACUACACCCAGUGGCCUGACAUGGGCGUGCCUGAAUACACCCUGCCUGUCAUCUCCUUCGUACGGGCCUCGUCCCAGGCCAGGACUCAGGACAUGGGCCCCGUCCUCGUACACUGCAGUGCUGGUGUGGGGAGGACAGGGACCUACAUCGUGCUGGACAGCAUGUUGCAACAGAUCCAGGACCAGGGAACAGUCAACAUACUGGGCUUCCUCAAACACGUCAGAACACAGAGGAACUACCUGGUACAGACGGAGGAGCAGUAUGUGUUUAUCCAUGAUGCUCUGGUGGAGGCCAUCGUCAGCAGGGACACUCUGGUGACCUCUGACCUGGUCCACUCCUACGUCUCGGACCUGCUGACCACUGGGCCCUCCGGGAGGACACGCAUGGAGAGACAGUUCAAGCUGGUGAGUCAGCGCAGAGCCAGACAGGCGGACUACGCCGCUGCCCUGAGAGAAGGAAACGCUGACAAAAACAGGACCUCCUCUCUCAUGCCGGUGGAGAGAUCCAGAGUGUGUCUGUCAUGUCCAGUGGAAGGAGAAUCUUCAGACUACAUCAACGCGUCCUAUAUCAUGGGUUACCACAAGAGCAGGGAGUUUAUCCUGACUCAGUCUCCUCUCCCCUCCACUGUCUCUGACUUCUGGAGAAUGGUCUGGGACCACAACUCACAGCUCAUCAUCUCCCUACCUGACACACACACAGCACAGAGCGAGGGGGAGGAGUCUUGUGUGUACUGGCCCAGUAAGGAUCAGCCAAUCAGCUGCGAGGGUUUCAUAGUGUCGUUCUCUGGAGAGGACCACAUGUGUCUGGCCAACGAGGAGAGACUGGUGGUCCACGACUUCUUACUGGAGGCCACACAGGAUAACUAUGUCCUGGAGGUGCGUCAGUACAUGUCCCCCUGCUGGCCCAACCCAGACAGCCCCGUCAGCAGCACCUUCCAGCUGCUCAACAUUAUCACAGAGGACAGCAGACGGAGAGAAGGAACCAUAGUCGUACAUGACCGGCUGGGUAGCUCGAUGGCGGGGCUGUUCUGUGCCCUCACCACCCUGGCACAGCAGCUGGAGCAGCAGGGCUCUGUGGAUGUGUACCAGGUGGCACGCAUGACCAACCUCAUGAGGCCUGGUGUCUUCAACGACAUGGAGCAGUACCAGUUCAUGUACAGGGCCGUGUUGAGUCUGGUGGACAGCCAGGAAGACCAGAGGGCCCUACAGUCCCCUGAGACCAACGGUUCUGUCCCUCUGGGAGCCACCACUGCAGCAGAGAGCCUGGAGUCCCUCAUGUAACCUCUCGCACACAGACACACUACAAGGAGCACCACACGCUCUGGGAGAUACACUGUGCUCUAUGUUGAGAGAGAGACCUUUUUUUGUACCAGUCGUUUGCAACGUGAGCUAGCAAAUUGUGAGUAAUAGGUUUAGCUAGCUACAAAAUACAUGAGAUUAUGCAUCCAAUUAUCCGAAUAAAACAUACUGUUUUGCAUGUAUGACCACACAUUACAACUGGCUGCUAGGGGGUCUGGUAUUCUGUGCCUUUUGUAAUUCAUGUUGUACUUUAAAACUCUUUUGAUACUAUGUCUUUGUGACUAAUGCCAAAUGUUCUGUACUCUUUUUUUUUUCUUCUUUAAAGUUUGUUAAAGUUUUUGAGUUAUUUGAUUUAACUAUCUAUCCCUUUGAAAUGUCUUAUUUGUAUGUAAUUACUUAAAAGUGAUACAUGUCCUUCCUAUAUUCUGUCAUUCUAUCUACUGUAUGCUUCUUCUUGCUCUUGUGGAUGACUUGUGUAAAUACGGGUGUUAAACUUGUAGAAUAAGAGAUGUUCCGUUGGAAAGGGUGAAAUUCUGUAAUAUUAUCUCAUAUUAUGUAAAUAAUAAUACUUGACCACUAUCAAAAGGCCAAAUGUAUUUAUACCUCUAGAUUUGAUAUUUUACUAUGAAGUUGGCUUUCUAGCCAUUUACAAAAGUUAUUACUGUUUUUUUCGUCUGUUUUGGGGGGGGGGGGUAUUACUGUGUUGAUAAUUUAGUUCAAAUAUCGGUAAUGCUUAUUUGUUAUGUUUAGAUUUUUUUUUAACAUUAUAACGUUUGGACUUUUCAGUAGUCAUAAGGUUAUUAUAAACAGCACUGUACAUUUGAACAGGAUGAGUAAAGAUGUUCUCUAAACCUUAA